AGCUAAAGUUUACAAUAAAUACUGCUGAUAUGCAUAUACAGCGUACACAUAACACUCCUCUUCUCCAGCUGCACACAUUAGACCUAGCUGGGAAGACAACUGGAGAUAAAGCAGUAGUUUACCAGUUAUUGCUAUGUCACGGAAGGCCUCCAAAAAGGUAGAAGUUGAAGGAAUGAGUAACAGCCUAAACCACCACUAUGAGGACAGGGUGCGUCCCUACAUCGAUCUUGUGGACAAGCUAAGGUCUCUGGGAGUAGAGAAGGACCUGAACUUGCCAGCCAUUGCUGUUAUAGGUGAUCAGAGUUCAGGAAAGAGCUCUGUGUUGGAGGCUCUUUCAGGGGUGGCCUUGCCGAGAGGCACAGGUAUUGUGACCCGCUGCCCUUUGGUAUUGAAACUAACCAGAGUUGAAAAGGGUGUCAUAUGGUCUGGAACUCUAAUAUACAAAGGCCAAAAAAAGAUCCUCCACAAGCCAUCAGAUGUGGGGAAUGCUAUUUCACAUGCUCAGAAUGUCUUGGCGGGAGAGGGGAAGGGAAUCAGCCAGCAGAUGAUCUCUCUAGAGAUCAAAUCCAGUGAAGUUCCUGAUCUCACCCUUAUUGACCUGCCAGGCAUUGCCAGGGUCGCAACAGGUGACCAGCCAUUUGACAUUGAGAAGCAGAUCAAGGAUCUCAUUGAGAAAUUCAUAAAGAGACAAGAAACUAUUAGCUUGGUGGUUGUGCCUGCAAACAUUGACAUUGCCACAACUGAGGCACUGAAGAUGACAAACAAAGUGGAUCCAAAUGGACAGAGGACUCUGGGCAUCCUUACCAAACCUGACUUAGUGGAUAAGGGUGCAGAGGAAAGUGUUGUAAAUACAGUAAAUAACCAGGUGAUCCCACUGAAGAAGGGCUACAUGAUUGUGAAGUGCCGUGGCCAGCAAGACAUCAAUGAGGAUCUUAGUCUGCUUAAAGCUCUCCAAAAUGAGCAAGUCUUUUUUCAGGAGCAUCCACAUUUCAGACCUCUCUUGGAGGAAGGGAAAGCCACAGUGCCUGUACUUGCAGAGAGACUAACCAGGGAACUGGUAGAUCACAUUAAUGAAUUACUCCCACAGUUGCGCCAGCAAGUCGAAGACAAAUUGGAGAAAACAGUUGAUGAUUUGGAAGAGCUUGGAGAUGGAGUUCCUCAAGAUGAAACUGAGAAAAACAAUUUUCUUAUUGCGAAAAUCAGGAACUUCAACAACGUCCUUACAGAUGUGAUGAGGGCAGAGGAGCACACCCAAAACUCAGAGCCCAAAAUUUUUACUAAAAUCAGGAAAGAGUUUGGAAAAUGGAAACAACAACUAGAUGACAAGGCUAACAGACUUCAGGAAAACCUCCGUGAUGAAAUUGAAGAGUACACCAAGACCUGUCGGGGAAAGGAGCUUCCUGGAUUUGUUAAUUACAGAACUUUUGAAAACAUUGUCAGAGGACAUGUACAGGAACUGGAGGAACCUGCUAUACAAUUACUGAGAGACAUCACUGAUAUUGUUCACACCUGUGUGAACAAGGUGGUCGGCUCCCAUUUUGAGUCCUUUCCCAACCUCUUGAGGGCAGCUAAAGAGCCAACUGAGGAUCUGCUUGAGCAGGAGCAUGGAAAAGCCCUAAAGAAAGUACAUUCUCAAUUUAAAAUGGAAAAAAUUGUCUAUUCACAAGAUGGUCUCUACAGCCACCAGCUAGAGACUGUCAAACAGAAACCGGACCCUAGUAGGACAUUUAUUAACUUAAAAGGUCAAAUCAUCACCAAGCAAGUGAGUGCUGAUGUCAGGGAGAUGGCUCAGCACCUGAAUGCCUAUUUCAUGAUCACCUCUGACCGUCUGGCCAACCAGGUGCCCCUCAUAGUGCAGUACCAUAUGCUGGACCAGUACUUCAUUCAGCUUCAGGUUGCCAUGUUGAGCAUGAUCGGAUGUCAGAAUGCAGAGAAGCUUAUCCGAGAGGAUUCUAGUGUAGCUCAACGUCGGAAGAACUUGAGGGACCGCUUGGAGCGUCUAAAAAAAGCAAGCCGGAUCUUGUCCAAGUUUUAACUGUCUGUCUCAUAAAUGAAUUCUAAUUAGUAAAGGUCAUUAGAAGGAUAACCCCUUAAGGCUGGAGACUUUCUUUUACUUUAUUACUUCUGUUCACAUUACUGUAUCUUUGCAAUGAUUUUACAAAAGGCAUUCCUGUUUUGUUAGAGUUGGCUAAAACAUGUUAGGUACAUGUUAAUAUUAAAUGUUAUUUACAUGUCAUGAUAUUUUAUUAAUGUUCUAGUGCUAUUACAUGAUACUAUUAAAUAUGUUACACAGAAUUAUAAAUAUUAGGGUUUAGAGGUUUGAAUUGCAUGGAUCCCCAUUCUAUUUAGAGAACCUGUACUGUU